AUGCAAACUUUUAACUCAAAUGAUGUUAUUUUCUCUCCAUACUUGAAUAACAAGGAAAAGAACUUUAUAGUAAAAAUUGGUGAAUCAAGCCAAAUAAUCAAUCCCUUUAUCAACCAAAGAAACUCUCCUUUACAUCAAGUCCAAAAGAUAGAAGAAAGUGGAGAAAUUGGAGUAUUUGGAGCUGAAAAAUACUUCAAUAGAAAAGUAGUUGAAACUCCAAGAGCUUCUACAAAGCACCAAGUUGAGUAUGGAACUCCAAGUAUUAGUUCUGUAUCAACAUGGACCAGCCAAAAUGCACUCUUAAAGAAAGAUUCUGAGAAAAAUAGCAAAGAUAAGGUGUAUUCUAAGAGUGUUCUAUCAAGACUUGGUCUCAAAUGCUAUUGUUCUGAUAAGAAUUCUGUUGAUAUUAGUGAUCAUGCAGGAGAAAUCACUUUUAACAACAAAAAUUCUAACUAUGGUACAGUUCAUGGAAAAACAACACCAAAAAAGGUCUUCAAUCAUCAUCUUGACGAUGAUCUUUCGACUAAAAUAAGAAAGCCUAGCUCAGAACUUUUCAUCAAUAAAGAUGUUCAAAAGCAAGGAUUAAACAGUGAAAAGAAUAGUUUUGCUUCUAACUCAAGAAAGCACCUUGUUAAAAUGCAAAUUCCAUUAGAUGAAGAAAAUACACCAAGAAAAUCACUUGAAGUGUUUGGAUCACCAUAUCCAAUAUUGAUCAAUAACAAAAGAAGUUCCUUAAGCAUUGAUAAAAGGUUGGUAUUUCCUUCCAAAAUGGAAGAAAUUGUUGAUGCAAACUAUGAUGAUGAUGCCGGAAGCGAUGCAAGUUCUGAUUUGUUUGAGAUUGAGAGUCUGAAAGAAAAAUGUUCGAGCAAUAUUGUCAAUAGAAGGACAUCAGAUGCUGCUUCAACUUGUUACGCGCCGAGUGAGGCGAGCGUAGAAUGGAGUGUAGUCACUGCUAGUGCUGCAGUUAUGUCAGACAGUGAAGAUCAAAUGUCUGAAUUUACAAGAAGGAGUCCAUUGAAACCAAAGGUCAGUAGGGAGUUUUCGAGGCUGCGUCCCGGUAUCUUGUUGGGAUGCAAGAGCCACAAAGCUGUUAGAGUUGCUGGUGAUGCAUUCAUAACAUAUGAGAAACAAAGUUUAAGUCCAAAAAUUGGUAACAGAAACAAAAACAAUGUUAUUUCUCAGGCAUCUAACUCACCAAAUGCAUCAAAAUUACUCUACGUUUCACAAUAG